GGGUGCUGGGACAGCAGAAAGUCCUUCGCUUUUGGAACCAAUAUCUCCACUGCGUGACGAAUGAACCAACAACCAGGUUGGCAAUGCUCAGACAUAUGCAUAUUGAACAAUUUAGCUUCUCUAUCCCCGAAUACACCACUAAUACGCAACAUUGGGCACCAUUCACUAUAUCACAGUCAGUCGUGACUGAAAACGAUGUUUUGAGUUUCAGGGUUCCUGGCUCUGUAGAUUUUGUCUACGGUCUAGUUAGGCGCUGGGGUAUCAGUAGGAUUUUGUGGGAUAAUUGGCAGCAAGACGUCAAGCGGUUUGGCUAGUGAACCAGCCUGAUACGAAAAGGUAG